CAGAAUCCCAGUUUGAAGCAGACUAGUCACGUUACUUUCUUACACUGUACUGCAGGUACAGUUACAUUUAAAGGGACAGUUCACCCCAAUUUAAAAAUACAUUUAUUUCCUCUUACCUGGUUUGUAUUUAUCCAUCUAAAUUGUUUGGCGUGUUUGGGCAGUUUGGUUGUAGAGAUGUCUGCUAGCAUUAAUGUCUCUUUACUGAAACCAUGACCUGAUAACUCAAGAUAACUUUGGCCUCCACCACAUGGCCCCCAGCUGCUUAAUACAAGGUAUUAUAUCAUGAAUAAUGAAUCUACUCAUGCUUUUCUUUAUACAGGAUAGGAUGGUGUCUCCUGCUAUUGCUCUGGCCUUCAUUCCCCUUGUCCUGACGCUGCUUAUCAAGUACCGUUACUACUUUGUGUUGUUAUAUCGGGCGGUCCUAGUCAGGAUAUGGAAGGACUGUGUUACUGGUCUGAGCCGAGAGGAGCGCGCCUACCAGUAUGUUCUCACUCAUGCUAUCCCUGGAGACCCUGACAGCAUCCUGGAUGCCUUCGAUAUCUGGUGCAGCAAGGUGGAGUUCAUCAGCAACAUAGGGCCUAAAAAAGGGAAGAUCCUGGACCGGCUGCUGAUGGAGCAGAGCCCCCUGACGGUGCUAGAGUUGGGUGCCCACUGUGGGUACAGCACGGUGAGGAUUGCCCGAGCUCUGCCUCUGGGUGCCCGGCUCUACAGCAUCGAGAUGGACCAGAGGAAUGCUGCCAUCGCUGAGAAAAUCAUCCGCCUGGCAGGGUUUGAUGAUGACACGGUGGAGCUCAUCGUGAGUCCAUCCGAUGAGGUGAUCCCUCAGCUGCGGUCCAACUAUGGUCUGGAAAAGCUGGAUUUUGUCUUCAUGGACCACUGGAAGAAAUGCUACGCCCCUGAUCUGCAGAUGCUGGAGGGCUCUGGUCUGCUGGGUAAAGGAUCUAUGAUUGUGGCCGACAACGUGCUGUUCCCCGGGGCUCCAAAGUUCCUCAGACACAUUCGUAAGAGCGGCCUGUACGAGUGGAGGGUCCACCGGGCCACGCUGGAGUACAGCAAAGGCAUCAGGGACGGGAUGGCUGAGCUGAUUUAUCAGGGAAUCAAGUAG